AUGCUGGCCACGUCGCAAAAAUCGCAGUCCUCGCAAAAUGGCCAAGCGACCAAUCAGAUCACGGCCGCACAAAUCCAAGCUUUAAUGGGACUCCCGUUGCCGGGUCUGAUGUCCCCACCGAAUGCUCUACAAAACAUGGCCAAACACGGCCAGAAACAGCACUGUUACCUGUGCGAUUACCCUCGAAUGCCGUGGGCAAUGUGCCAUGAUUACGCUGAAGCGGUUUGCCGGGGCUGUGUGAACUAUGAAGGAGCUGAGAAGUAAGGAUUUUUUUGCGAUUUUUUGAGCUUUUGGUUGAUGGCUUUUGAUAAAACUUGGAAUAGCAGUUGUAUAUGAUAUUCAAGUUCAUUCAAAAACAGAAAAACUAAGAAAAUCGCAAAAAAAAAAUAAUUUUUUUUUCAAAAUUUGGCUUUAAAAUUUGAGUUUUUUUACAACUUUUACCACAUUUUCACAAAAUUCCCUUUGCAGAAUCGAAGCGGUAAUCGAAAACGCCAGAAAAAUGAAGCAACUCCACGAGGCGUCCAUCCAACUCGAGACCGCAUCCAACGCCUCCUCCGCCACCUCCCCUCCCAUCCACAACAACAACAACGGGCCCGCCAAGCCGGCGCCGCUGAAAGAGGUGCCGAAGCCGCGUCCCCAACCACCCAUUCCGCAGAUCCCGGCGAGCACGGCGCCAAUCCUGCCGCCCUUGCCGAGCCUCAACCAAUUCACGCAGCUCAACGACUUCUACACACAGCAACGGCUGCUCGGAAUGACAAGAUCGUUGGCGGGUGGGCAGUUGGAUGAUUUGCAAAUGCAACAGCUGCGACAAAUGCUUCCAUUCCUGCCGUCGCCGCUGCUCGGCAAUGGAUUGGCGGGAACGGCGAAUUUCCCCGGACUAACCGGAUUGCCAGGGUUGGCGGGCCGGAAACGAGAGCACGAUGAGGAGCUGAAGUCGGAGAUCUACGCCAAAACUCACAGAGGUUGGUUUUUGAGAUUUUUUGAUGAUUUUUGAAAAAUGUCACAAUUUGGUCACUAUGACAAAAAUUUAGUCAAGGUUAUCCAAUCCAAAAAUUUGCUUAAGCUGCCAUUUUGUAAAUUUUAAAAUUAUGACAAAAACAGUCAUGAUGACAAAAAAUGUCAUCCCUGAAAAUGUCCUCGAAACACCUUCGAAGGUGGUUUUUAUAGCGUCUCCAUGCUACAGACUACUUGUAAAGAGCAUUACAAAAAUUUUCUCGCCAGCCCUUCCGCUCUUGUAAGUACCGCAAAAAACCGGAAUUUUGCCCCCCAAAGAGAGUUGUGUUUGUAAAGUUAAAGAGUAGUAACAAUCCUGAAGGCCUGAUCGUUGUGACAAGCCCUGGUACGGAGCGGUACGCUGAGAAAUUGCUGAAAAAUUGGAGAAAAUUUGCGUCAUUAGGGCAGGUUUUGGCUCAAAAAGACGGCCGGGGAAAAACGCUUGCAACUUUGGGGGAUUAAGCAGUAGCGACGUGCCGUUGGCGGCAAAAAGGAGCUUAUAAUAUGUGUUAUCAAAUAUGUCAAGAUACGGUCGAUGACGUAACAAAAAUUUAACGCAAAACAACACUUUUAAGAAAAGAUUUAGCUUGUGUUAGGGCUAGUAUGGAGGGCUGACAACUCGACGACGACUAAUUUUAAUAACACGGUUUUGCUCCUAGCUUGUAGCGUAUGACUCAUAUCCCCUCUCUACGUGCAUUACAUUAACGCAAAUACUUCUUUAAGAUGUAGAAUCGUCUUUUUUGUAACCCACUCUAAAAUUGUAAAUUGACCCCGAACCGGUCGAUAAAUCAGAGGACACCCUAACAUCGUCUUUCCAAUCAUAAAUUAAGAGCCUUUUACGGUACCUAAUCAACAAUUACAAAACAACCUGGCUGACUUAGUUGCAUUACAGUCCGCGGCAGGACUGGUUUUCCGCCGAUUUUUCGUCGAAUUUUCGUUUCGUUUGGCUGCGUUGUAAUGUCAGCGAAACAUUGAAACAUCGAGUUUAUUUUAGUCGGAAGAUGCUUAGGUUCAAGGUUGUCAUCGAUUAUAAAGUUUGCUUAAAUUCCUUCCGCUUUUGCGGGGAGCAACUGGCUUACCGUAGGCUUGAUAAAAUGCUGACAUUACUUUCGAAAACGAUUUAAAUUUGAAUUAAACGCACUGAAAUACUUUCUCAUGUCUUGCAGAGUAAUUUCCAGCUGCAUGCGAGGCAAAAAUCGAGAACAACAUGUUUUCGUUGCGAGACCCAAAAUUUUCAAAUUUAGACUGAAUAGUUUGAUAAAGCCUUCAUCAGAGCUUCAAAGAUAUCAUUAGGUGGUUUUUUGCACUUUUCCAUGCAUAGAGCCCAACGAUCAUGAGCGUUUUUGCAUCUUCACCAAUCAUAUGGCACAACUUGAUUAAUGUCCCCCGAAAAUAAAGUUUCACCCCAACCUUUUCACUCGCCUUUCUUCUUCUGUUCGCUAAGAGUGCAUAAAAAGUAACCUUUUGCGUCGAUGAAAAGUCGCGAAAAAAAGUAAUGGGUGGUCAAGUCACAAGACGGGAAUAGCCUUGUCAGCUACCGUAAAAGGAGUCAAACAGGAGUUUGCGAUGGCGUUCUGCCAAGGUUGGCAAAUGUUCGGCCUUGGCUCGAUGCCACCUCUCGAUGGACGAACAAAAAUUUGAAUUCUCGGCGGAAGGGUUGUUUGAAGUCGGUCGAUGAAAGUGGCUGAUAACAAAGUGAGAAAUUGAAGCCGAGAAAGCCGUUUCGAUUUUUAAAAGUUUGAGGGCUCAAAGCUGCAAAAAAUGGGUUUUUUUAAAAUACUGCCUGAGGUAAUUGUUAUGUCUAAGAUUAUUGAAAAAUUUCCAUUCCUUGAACACUGUAAGGCUCGGUGAAUAUCUCGGUUCCCUUUGUAAAGUGAGAGCUGAACUGUUGAGAAAUCUUACCAACAAACAACUAGAAAUUUUACGGCUGUAUAUGGCUAGGAGUACUCACUAGGGCAUGUCAGGAAAUUUCUGGCGUUGCAAAGAUCCUUCUCAUGGAAAAAAUCCAAAAAAUCCGUCAACGAAAUUGCUUGUGGCCAAAGUUUUGAAUCCAAAAUUUGUUGCGGAAACCCUGGGGAGCCCCGGGUUUUCGUGGAUUCCCCUGGGCAACCAUGUAAAGCUAUUUUUUACAGCAAUGGCACUUUUUAGACGGGUUUCAUCGUGACACGUUUCCUGGACAGACGAAGCUUUACAAAAGUCCCGAGAUAUAUAUGUUUAAGAGAGGGGCAACGGCUUGUAAAACUUUUCCCCUCAAGCAUUCCUCCAUAACCCUCGAAAUCCUCGAUUGCAUCACCGGAAUCCCGGCGAAACAAGGUCAUCGGAUGGGAUGAAGAUGCGACUACACGUCCCUUUUUUUGCGGGAACCGGUUCCGAGCAAUUUUUUGUUGUUUUUCGGCUCCGGAACGGUCGCAUCUUCUCCUUCUUCUUUUUCGGAAUUUUGACCUGGAAAUGGAGGUCGCGCGGCUGACUGGCACCGGCCGGUACCCAAUCAACCAACAAAAAAAACGCUCGUAACCUUGUUGCAAUUACUUUUCUGGCAGCUUUUGUUACGUCGGCGGAAUCAGAUGGUCUGCCGGUACGGUAGCUUGGAGGAGAGUUGAUUAGAAAGGCGAUAAAUCAACAACAGCGGGUACAGGGUGUAAAAUAAACAAUUGAAACAACGGUGUUCUCGAACAGCGGGGUAGUUUCGAUGUUCAGAUUGUAACAUGGUCAAAAUAUAUGUCGUAGUAUACUACAUAGUAUCAGUUUGUCGGGAAAAUAAUGUGGAUUUUUUGCAGAAAAUCUUGCUUUUUUAAUCGUCGCAAAGCGAAAGGUUAUGCGAUUCCAAGCCGAGAAAAAUCCAUAUUAUUUUCCCGACAAACUGAUACCCGGCGCAAAAUGUCCUAAGAAUUUGCUUGCACCAAAAAUACUGUUGGUUCUAGCCUGAAUUUGACCGCAAAGAUAUAAUGCUCACCAGUCUGUCGGGAAAAUAAUGUGGAUUUUUUGCGGCUUGGAAUCGCUUAUCAUCGCUUUGCGACGGCAGCUGCGGCUAGAGAUUUGGUGCGCAACUGCGACGAGGAGACAUUUUACUCCGGCAAAUCCACAUUAUUUCCCCGACAGACUGAUACUUCUCCAUCCAAAAAUUCUUGAUAAUUUUGCUGUGUUCUCGAUGCGGAAAUCGCAAAAACCGUUCUUUGCGCAGUGAAUGUUGUAUUUUUUGCCUUAUCAGUCUGUCGGGAAAAUAAUGACCACAACGCAUCGAAAAUAGCACCGCCGGCGAAAAAAUGAAUUGUGUCGCGGCAAAAUCCAAUUUCUUUUCACUUCAGCGCCACUCGGCGCAGCGUCAUUUGCUCAUUAUUUUCCCGACAAUAGUAAUACUUGUUGUCGGUAGGCCCCCAGUGCUUCGUAAGGGCGUGGGACGUCUUAAAAUUACAUAUGAAGUGUAGUCCUUAUAAGGCAAAUUCUCCAAACUCUCCCGAAAUCACGGAGUUCUCAUCAUUUUUUUGAUCUAUUGCUCUUCCCGACCACUUUGCCCUCGGGUUUUUGUAAUUCCGCUUCCAACAAUGUUUCCACAAGAAUCCCAUUAAUAACAGCCAGCAGCGGGGCGAACAACUGGUUCCCGUUCUUAUCACACCGCACCGACAUCAUGUGUCCGUUCGCGGCCUUGACGAGCUGUUUUUUGCAGUAGUUUUUGGUUUUGGACUUUGAUAAAAAUUCGUUUUUUUUGCAACUUUACAAUGUUGAAGGUGGGUAGGAAAUGGUGUUUCGGCGCAUUAACGGGAUGGAAUUUGGUGGAUAUUUGGAGAAGAUGACAAAUAUUGAGAGAAGACGAACUGUGAUUGUGUGUAGAAAACAGUGAAAACAACAACCGGUUCCACGGAGAGUAAAGAGCUUAGUUGUAGAGAGGAAAUUAUUUUUCUCAAUAUUCUCCCUAAUGUGUGCACUUCCUGCUUCAAAAAAACACAUGAUUCUAAUGAUAGCAUGAUAUUUUUGGCUUUACACUUCCUAAUGUGUUUUUCUCCGUAGAAAAUCCGCACUAAUUGGCAAAGUCUUUCUGAUAAGAAUACAUAAUAGUAAUAAAAUAGUUUGUCGGGGAAAUAAUGAGCACUCUGUCGCGCCGAUAGUCGCAUCGCCGCCGAGAAAAUGAACUGUGUCGCAACAAAAUCAAAUUGCUUUUCACUUCAACAACGCUGUCGGCGAAGGAAAAAUUUUGCUCAUUAUUUUCCCGACAGGCUGAUAUUUAUCAUUUGUCUGGAAAAUAAUGUGGAUUUGAGGCAGAAAAAUGCAAAGGAGCGACGAAUCCACGUUAUUUUCCCGACAGACUGAUAUGUCGGCUCCUAAAGCAGUGCUUGUAUCAAUUCAUCGGAAAAUAACUUUGUGCUCAUCUUUCGGCGCGAAAAUUAGAAAAAAUAACUUCCAAAAAAGCCACUAACCUGGCAAAAAAUUGAUUUGAUGACUAAACCAAUAUAAACUUGUAUUUCCAGCCGACACCACCACCUUCUCCCCCACCAGCCCUCGCAACGCUCAACGCCAACUCACCAACGCCAACGGCCAACCGGUCUACCGUUGCGUUCGUUGCAGCGACCGGCUUGAAGACACCCACUUCGUUCAAUGUCCCUCCGUUUGCGGGCAUAAAUUCUGCUUCGAGUGCUCGAAAAAAUCGAUCAAGACACAGGUGGGAGCGCCGGAGAUCUACUGUCCCAGCGGCGAACGAUGCCCAUUGCAGGCGAGCAAAGUGCCGUGGACAUUUAUGGCCAACGAAAUCAGCACCAUUCUGGGAGAGGACUACGUGAAAUUCGCGGUGGAACGAGAGCAAUUGGGACUGUUGCCCGCGGGGCUUGGCCCAUUAAAUCAGGCGAACCGACAGGCUGGAAAUGCCCCUAGCACGUCUGGAGUGGGUACCGGCGCAUCAAAGGAGGGAACCACCGAAACUUCGAGGUCUUCCAGUGUGUCGGCGUUGAGUUCGCCGAGCUCCAACUCUAGCCCAAAUGUCGGACAGGGCCAAAAGGAGUAG